AUGGUGAAGUUGUGCGAGAACUUGAUGAAAAUAUUAUCGACAAACUUGGGAUUACAAGAGGAUAGACUUCAAAAUGCGUUUGGUGGUCAAGAUGAAGCAGGAGGGUGUUUGAGGACGUCGGACGAGCAUGUCGCCGGUCUUCAGGUUCGUGGAUCUGACGAUGCUUGGAUCACAGUCGAACCAACUCCCCAUGCUCUUAUCGUUAACAUUGGUGACCAAAUUCAAAUGCUAAACAAUUCAGUAUACAAAAGCAUAGAGCACAAAGUGAACGUGAACGCUGCAAACGAGAGGUUGUCAUUGGCAUUUUUCUACAACCCAAAGGGUAAUGUUCCGAUCGAGCCACUGAAGGAACUAGUGACGGUGGAUACACCAGCUCUCUACACUUCCACGACCUACGAUAAAUACCGUCAAUUUAUUCGUACGCAGGGUCCACGUAGCAAAUCUCAUACCGACGAACUUAGAUCCCCUUGA